GCGAGAGACAAUAAAUUCACAUCACUGCAGACUGUGUAUGUGACGUAACCUUCAAAUGUUUAAAAAUUUAGUUAAAAAAAUCAUUGGUUAAGGAAAUAAAAAUACAAAAAUGUUAAAGAUCAAAGGGCAUUUGGGUUAAAAUUUGAAUGUAGACAAUAAACUUCCUCAAUUAUGGUAGAAAACGCAGCUAAUUUUACUUCAACCUUUGAAAACAGGCCGAGUAUUUUUGAGAUAGUAGCACAAAAAUCUUUGAAUGAUACCUUGUACCCAGCACUGCAGAAAAUAGCUCUGGUAUUAUCAACUAAUGUGCCUCAUAAAUUCAGCUGGCUCAAUGAUUAUUUUGAAGAAUCAUUUUUAUGUCUGAAUGGGCUUUUGCAGUACUACUACCUGGCAUACUAUGAUGCAUCAUUUUCCGAAAAUUUUUAUGGUCUCAAAAGGGUUUCAAGGAGCCAUAGUAAUUUAUCUAAGAAGCAAAGGGAAUAUUCAUUAAUAUUUUUGGUAAUUUUGCCCUACUUCAAAAGAAAAGUUGAAGAAAAAAUAGCAUUAAUACGAAUAGAAAAAGCGGAAGGAUGUUUGAGAAAUGAUUUAGAGGGAAAAUUCAAAAAGGUGUUAUUAUAUUCACACUCUUCAUUUGAAAUAAUUUGGGGUCUGAUAUCAAUACAUAAUUAUGUUCAAUAUAUGGCCAAUAACUCAGAAUUCCAAACACCUUUACUCAAACUGAUAGACCUAAAGUUAACAUACAAUAUGGACCAAAUGGAUGAUACUAAUUUGUGGUCAUCAUUAUUCAAAGGCAGUUUGAGUUUAUCCCAGUUAAGUUUUGGUCUAAUCAGGAAUGCUGUUGCCACAAGUCUAGAAGUUGGUGCAUUUUUUCUGCAGUUUCUGCAAGCUUGGAAUACCCAAAAGUCCAAUUAUAACGUGACCGAUUUACCAAAUGCUAUCGCACCUAUGAUUGACAACAAAGCAAAAUCUUACCAAGGUAAAUGCCCACUCUGUCUGAAGUCUUGGAUAAUUCCCACUGUUUUACAAGUAUCUGGAUACAUAUUUUGCUUUCGAUGCAUCUUGAGGUUCCUGAAUGAAAAUCAGAGAUGUCCUGUCACAAACUUACCAGCAAGGCCAUUGGAUAUUGUAAGGUUAUAUAUAAAUUAGUUGCAGAGAUUAAAAUAAUGUUCCAGACAAUUCUUUGUAAUAGUUUUUAUAAAUGAAAUAAAAGUCACUUCAUAUUUUA